AUGCCCAAACGAGAGACUAUCCGCACCGGCAACCCGACGUUACUCAAUAAGAUCUUUCUACGAGUACAACAAAUCCUGAGCUGCAUAUUCUCAACCAUAGCCUUAUUCUUCAUCACUACAUCUACCGCAACCAAUAACGACGAUAGACCUGUGUCGAAUACCGUCAAAAAAAUAGGCAAGGGACAGUGCGGCACCGUAUGGGCAUUGACCGGCACAAACCAGGUAUUAAAGGCCGCCAAUGAGAAUAAAGACGACCAGCUGUACAACGACUACUGCAAACAUGCUCGCGUGGAAGAAGCCCUGCGGCAGACCUCUUCAAUCUUGAGACGAAGCAUCAAUCUACCCAGUCUCGACACCUGGAUCGGGUCUGGCAACGAAGACUUCUGGAGUAAACAUCGUACCGAAUUUCCAUAUCCAGAGAGUUUCGUCCAGCUAAAGAGCAGCUUUACUUCUGGGCGAAUAUUUCCAGUCCAAGAGGCCAUUCGGUCGGCUCUCGUUGAAAACUUCGCACCUAAAAGUAUUAAACAACGCAAGGAGAGCUUCCUGUCCCAGCCGGAACAUAAGGGCUGCUUGAUCCGCAUCUAUCUCGGUCGACGACAACAGCGGCCACCAAACAAGACUUUCAGGCUUCGCAAUUUCGACAUGGCGAUCGACGAGAUGGAACUCCUACAACUUGAUACUGUGCUGUACGCUGAGACUAUCGCACAGACAUUAGCGAUCAUCCACUGGAGGGCGAAACUCGAUGCGAACGACGUCGAGUUUGUUUUGGGGAACACGCCCGCUCAAAAGAUACCACAUACCGCUGCGGAACUGGAGGCCACCAAUAGGUUCGGCAUGGAAAACCUUGCUUCUGAACUCCAUCUCAAGCGCGGAUCGAUGGGUAUUUGGCUCCUCGAUUUCGACCAGUGCAGUGAUUUUCCCGAGGAUGAACAGGGUGUGAAACAGCUCAAACAAGCUUUCUAUUUCAAUGAUCCCUAUUACCCGCGUCCGUGCUCUACCCACCCAAAGGACAUCGUGUUGUGGAAUACCUUCAAGGAGAGCUACCUAGCUACGAGUGCUUGUUUCACGACCAGUGACAUGCCACAGAAAUUUGUCGAUGCCGCUGAAGCAGAGGGAAAGAAGAGAAGCCAAGGUGGUUCUAUGUUCCAGUAA